AUGGUCUACGGAAAACUUAUUUUCAACAACAUUAAGGAAUACACUCCUUCUUGGAUCAAGACUAUUCCCUACUCUCAAGUUACCAAGCCCAUCUUGAGAAAGCAACCCCAAAUUGUUGGUAAGAUUAAUGCUGACCCCAAGGUCAAGAAGUUCUGGGUUUUCUUAAGAGAAAAUGUUUAAUACUACCCCUUCUUAUGGCAAUUCUUCAUUUUGGGAACUUCCUUCGUUUGGUUCCAUGUCUGCUAUGACCCUUGGUUGGCUAUCUAUCAAGCUAACAAUGCUCACAGAAGCUUAGAAACUGCUUUGACUAAGGAAAAAGCUCAUAAAAAGAAGUUAGCUGAAUAAGAAGAAUCCGAGUGA